CCCAAAUUAAAAAGCAGCACAAAAUAGGGACAAAAAAGUGCAAAUAACCUGUUAGAUAGAAUUGGAUUUUGAUCCACCCGGCCCUUUGUGAGCUCCGUUCAAUUUGGGGAAGGAAGAACAGAAGUGUUGAACUGGUAAGGAAAUUCAUAGAAGCUCAAGAACAAAAACCCUCCUUAAACCCUAACGCGAAGAAGAUCGACAUGAAUAGAUCUCUUGCAACAAGUAUUUAUCGCUGUUCGUUUAUGCUGAAUCCUUACCCUGCUACCUCUUCAUUUUGGCCCAGCUAUAGGCGUUUCACAUCCAAAAGCUCUAAUCAACCUCCUGCUGAUAGCAACGACAACCACCUUCAAGACGAAGACGAUAUCAGCAAUAAAGCGCUGAAAAAGCAGAUAGAUAAGUUUUUUGAAGGAGAUGAAGAAGCAUUCCCAUCGAUAUUUGAAGCCAUAUUGAAAAGAAAAUUGGCUGGAAAAAGUGAAGAAUCUGAUAAGGAAUUGAUGAAUGAACUUCAGGCUCAACCUCGUCGACAGCAUGAUGCUGCCAAUGGAGAGUCUGACUCCGAUUGAGUUGACUUACGACAAGUCUACCUAUAUGAGUAUUGUUGUUUAUACAUUGAUAAGAAUACAAGAUUGUCAUGGGGAUUGAGUUGUGAAGAGGAUUAAACGUUUAUGUAUUCAUCAUUCCUCACUGUAAUUUUAUAUUUCAAUAGCUAGCAGAUUCAUUUGGAUCAGCAGAAAGAAUUUCUAUCUGACAACUUGUGAAGUUGGAAGUGUAGGUGUCCAAUCAAUCAACAACAACAUACUCAUUGUAAUCCUACAAGUGUGGUCUGGUGAAGGCGUCUAAUCAAUCAAUGAAGUGGAAAUAACUGUGGGAUACCAGGAUUUGGAUCCCAAUAGAAAUAGAAGAAUGUCUUUUUUCUCUUUUGGUCUGGCUAAGUUGUAGUGAGCCUUGUUUGAAGUUUGGAUGAUUUAAACACUGUGCUAUAGCCUCUGGAUGAUGUAUUUGUGACCCAUGGAUGAUAUGUUUUCUGAGUAAAAUUUGUUAUUCCCUUAACCUUCCAGUGUAGGAAAAUAGUAUCUUCCUACCUUUUAAAUGUUGAACACUUAUUCUUUGUACUUACCUAUGCAUUAAUAGAGGUUGUCUUCAGAUUGCUUUUGAA